GAAACCCGGUCCAUCGACCAUGGAUCAACUCAACGCCUCAUCGCUGCCUUCGUUUCCAAUACAGUUAUGAGCUUGACAGCGGUGCUUUGUGUACUAAAGAGUGACAUGUAGUCACUGAAAAUUUCUCGGUUUCAAGGCAUCGAAUCGUACGUCUCUAAGAUGGGAGACAAGCCCAUCGUCACCUAUGCGGGUGACGAGAAACUCUUCAAGUCCCUGGAGCCUUUUCUCCUGGAAGGGCUGCCGCUUGAACCCGUAGAAUGGAAACGGUCGUACGGGCGUGGCCCCAAGGCGGUGAGCGUGGAGGCCCGCUUCGAGGCCUUCGACCCUGGCCGGCUGCCGAGGGAAGGUGACGAGGCACGCCUGCUCGGACAGCCCUUCCUGCACGUCUACUGGACGGACUGCACCGACCUGGAGGUGUACCGCAGCCGCGUGCGUGAGGACAUCAUUGUUUGGCUGGCUAAACUGAAGGACGCCAGCGUCUACGACUGGAUGCUGGUGUCGGUGGAGUGCCCCGAGCCCCGGCGGGCCAACAAGGCAAAGCUGCUGCCCAGGGCCACCGUCUUCGACCGCAUGCGCGCAGACUUCCCCAGCAAGACCUCGGACAGAUGCUGCCAGCUGGUGGAUCCUCAGCGCAGCGACUGGCACUCCACGGACUCGUGGCAAGGCCUCCUGGGGCGCAUGCGGCAGCUGCUGCUGCAUGCCUGCGGGCGCCACCUGGGUCGCUACGAGGACCUGGUGCGCCAGCAGAGGGAGCAGCGCACUCUGCUUCAGUGGAGCUUCCUGCGCUUCUUCUUCCUCCAG